UCCCAGUAGCAAAGCCCUUUGUUACUAGUAGUUUCUUGUUCCUACUAGCGAUGGCCUCCAACCUGACUUUGUUUUGAUAAGCUCAAUUCAGAUUCUGAAUCUUGCAGCCGGACAUGUUCUUUAAAGCAAGGCCUUCUCAGAAGUAACAAAUCAGUCCAGACCAACAAAAGCAUGAUGUGAUAUAACCAGCGUGGCUGUCUAGCAGCCCAAAUGUGCUGAAGCCCUUUCUGGGCAGCAGAAGCCCCAUCGGGGGAUGUUGCCUUUAAUCAAUUUUGAGUUUAAACCGUGCCCAUGUAGACAAGUUUUCGUUGAAACCAGGCCACCUGGCAACCAUGUUUCUUCAAAAGCUUGUCUUGCUCAAAACGCAAUCGAUACCCAGUUGGGCUGUUUUCACCAUCAUUCUGUCCAACGGUGCUCAUCAGCCCGUGGGGUCAGUCCGCUCAACGCAACCACCACACCAUGUUUCAACACAUCCUGCAAUCAUUGCGAGUAGCAAGAAGGUACUAGGUUGGUGGCCAAUUGCUAUUAGGUUGGAGGCCAUCGCUACUACUAAGACACUACUAGUAACAAGGGAAUUCGACAGCAUGUCACGCCACAUGCUUCUAAUCACCGACGGGGGAGCAACACGAAGUCCUAAAGCCCGUAGCUCGACACGUGUUUGCAACCAUCAAUCAAGUUUGCGGUCGGAGAGGGUCAGCGUGUCACCAACUGGCCAGAACUCCGGUUUGUUUCUUUUUCUCAUGCUUGCUUCUGACGUGACACCACAGAGUUUAUUGAGAGACACUGGUAGGCACUUUGGCAUUAGGCACUUUGGCAUUCUUGGCCUGUAAGAAGUUAGAGAUUGUGGGCAGACGGGUUGUCAUUUACCAGGUCCGUCCAUUUGUUCCCAUCCAUUUUUCUUUAGACCUGUUCUUCUUUUUGCCAAUUGCAGUGCCUUUUUGGCAGUUCCAGCCAUUUGUUUCAAGACCGGCUUUUAUACCUGCAUCAUGGCCAGCUUGAUUGGACAACUCCCUGUGUGGAUUGGUGCCACCUUGGCCACGUGGGCGAUUUGUUGGGCGGUAUUCAGCCCACAGGCGUGUCAAGACUCUUCCACAUGCACCAAGCAUUUGAAGACCUACCCAGGAUAUUAUCACAUCGUCUCCACAGCAGCCUUGGUGGCCAUGGCUGGACACGAGGUUUGUGGUCUCAUCGCCACUUACAUGGGCUCCAAGCAAACACAAGCACUGAUCCCACACCUGAAGAGCCACUGCUUGCCCAGUUUCCUGUUGGCCUUGAUGUUCGGCGUCCUGGCCACGGCUGAGCGCUUCUUCAGCCGCCCGGAGUGGACCAUCGCCCACGUGGGGCCCAGCGCCGAUGGGCUCACGGCGCCCGGCCGUCCCGUCUACACCAUGCAGUACCUGGAGUGGGGCAUCAACGUGCCAAUCCUGAUGAUCUUGUCUGGCUACUGCAGCCUGGGCCGUCCCUUACUGGAGGUCUCACGGCCGUUGAUCGUGACGAACGUCUACGUGAUCUUUUGCUGGGCUGCACAGGUCUCUGACUCCGGGCUCGUCAAGUGGAUGUUGAUCCUCAUCUCCAUGGCCAUGUACGGCUGGGCCUCGGUGGACAUGUUGCAAUGGGUCAAAGACUUCGAGGGCUCUGCGCCGCAGGACCUUCCCAGCCGUGGCAUUCGCCCCUGGCUCUCCAACGGCCUCAUCUUGGCUUUCGUCCUUUACGGCGUGGUCUACAUGUCAUCUGUGACCGGCUUGGUGGACGCUCAUGCAGAGCGAAAGGGCUUUUUCGUGCUGACCUUCGGUGCGAAGAUCGCGUACUGCGCAGCCUUCGUUUUUAUCCGCGCCGAUGAGUAUCACAAGACCCUCACUGAUGUGCUGCGGAAGGUGAGCGUCUCCAACGUGGGUAUGAUCUCCAUCCUCCGUGGCAGCUUUGAUAUCAUCCUCCCAUGUGUUUUGGACGCUGCCGGCCGGUGCAAACUGCCACCUGCCAUGUCUGGAGACAUGCAGAAAUUGGAGAAGAUGCUUGGAACACGUGUGGCGGGUGCCAACUUGAAGGAUUUGCUGGCAGGCGAAGAAGACAAAUCGGACUUCUCAGCCUACGUCCGCAAUGUCGUCCGACAAGCAGACUGCCCACAGGGAAGCGAGGUGAGCUUAUCGACCCAAGGUAUUUGGACCUGUGCUGGUGGCGCUAUGCCUCCCAUCGCCCAAGUUCUGCACAGCAAGAUGCUCUCGACGUCCCAGUCGCGGCUCUCGGCCACGUUGCACCUCUCCGUGGUGCCGCGCUCCGCGGUGAGCCACGGCAAGGAGCGCCACUUGGUGGCGGCCAUCCAAUUCGCCACGGCCCCGGAGGAUGAGUCGAAAGAGAUGGACGUGGCACAGACCGGCUUUGAGGAUUUCAAGGUGGAGGCGAGGACAUCCGCUGGUGGCUCCACCCAGAUCUCCAGUGACAGCGGCUCGGCCAUCGUGGCCAACUUGGGGGACCUCACCAAGCUCGGCGCCAGUGCCAUCUUGCAUGCCAGCUCAGUACAGGAGAGUGAGGAGGGUAGCCAGUACUGGGGACCUUCCAUGGUCACCGAUGACACGAUGUCACACUUGGGUGCCUUCGCUGACAACGCUGCACCCUUGUCUUGUGGCUUCGACGCGCGCAUCGCAGGGAUUUGGGAAGGCAAAACCAGCAAGGAAUUGGGGGGCUACGACCAGCGUAUCCAGUUCCACAAUGAUGCUCAAGCUAAAAGCAUGGACUGCGUCAAGGCGAACAUUACUGUGCUGGGACAAACGAUGGAUGCUCGCUUCCGCGUGAACUGCUCCGUGGAGCCCUGCCAACUCGACAUUGAAGUGUUGCCCAAAGGUAGUAGCUGCCCUCCACCAGCUCUUCCUUACAUCUUCAAAUUCGGCCCUCAGGGUUCCCUCUACUUAUGCGGCCCUGCAGACAAGCGCUUGCAGCGUCCAACCAGCUUCGAGGGCCCAGGGCUUUGCAUCAUGGAACGGGUGGACCAUGCAAUGCCAAUGCCCAUGCUGCGUCAAGAAUCCGUACCAACACAAAUGUCGUUCGAGCCGGACCCCGAGUUCAGCCGCAACACCACUGAGAGCUGCAAGGACCAGCUGAUCACAGCUCCCAACAAGGAGUUGAUCAAGACCAACUCGAGCAAGAGUGUGAUCCACUGGAUUGAGGAGCAGCCAGCCAUGGCCGCAUCAAUGGCUUUGGCACUCACCAGUACCAUCAUCGCCCUGCGGAAGUCCAUCUGAGAGCGACUGCUACCGCGACCUCCUUCGUUGCUCGGUGUGUGAGCGGAGUAGACACUUGAUGAUGCCGG